GAGACAGAGACAGAGAGAGAGUGUCAGUUCUUGCGCUCGCCGCUCGGGGGCAGCACUGCCGUGCAGAAUCGCAGGGAGCGCAUCUAUCAGAGCCGCAGCAGCCGGGUUUGCGCGACCUGCCCCUUCCUGUUGCUCUGCAAAGACGCUGGAUCGGGAGAGCCGAGCGCAGGCAGGAGAGACCCGGGCUGCUCCGCCAGUGCGGUGAUACAGCGCGGCCAGGAGCCGGGGGAAGAGUGCCUUCGAGCAGAAAACAGACAUCCCUGUGUGUGCGUAAAGAGCGCUGCUCCAUAUUGUUCCCCAGCAGCGCCUCCUCCAAUCCUGUCCCUUGUUAUCGUUUAUUUUGCUUUACUCAUGGCGGAAACUAAAAUAAUCUACCAUAUCGAAGAAGAGGAGACUCCAUAUUUAGUGAAGCUGACCGUUUCUCCCGAAAAAGUCACUCUGGCAGAUUUUAAAAAUGUGCUCGGUAACCGGCCUGUCAGUGCCUACAAAUUCUUCUUCAAAUCUAUGGACCAGGAUUUCGGGGUAGUGAAGGAAGAGGUCUCUGAUGACAAUGCGAAGCUGCCCUGCUUCAACGGGAGAGUCGUGUCCUGGCUGGUCCUGGCUGAGGGCUCUCAUUCUGAUGGGGGGUCUCAGUGCACAGAGAGUCAGCCGGAGCUGCCCCCUCCCCUCGAGAGGACUGGCGGCAUUGGGGACUCCAGACCCCCCUCCUUCCAUGCGAACGCGCCGGGCAGUCGGGCCGGGCCGGACACGGAGACGGGAACAGAGUCCAUCCUGAGCCAUCGGAGAGAGAGGGCAAGGAGGAGAGCCAGAGAGGCAGAGUUCCCCCGUUUGGACGGGCUCUUGAAGCCCCCUGUCUCGCUGUCCCGGGACCCUGUGAAGGGGGUGGAUGACGCCUCCCUGCUGAGCAGCGAACUCGACUCCAGCUCCUUCAUCGACUCGCAGGAGGAAGAGGAGGAGGACGAGGCCAGCAGGCUCAGCAGCUCCACAGGGCUCAGCUCCUCGUCCCGGUUGAUGAAGAGACACAAGCGCCGGCGUCGGAGACCCAAGGAACCAAAGAUUGAGAGGUCCUCUUCGUUCAGCAGCAUCACCGACUCAACCAUGUCUGUGAACAUCAUCCCCGUCACCCUGAACAUGGAGAAGUAUAAUUUCCUGGGGAUCAGCAUCGUGGGGCAGAGCAACGAGCGGGGCGACGGGGGCAUCUACAUCGGCUCCAUCAUGAAGGGGGGGGCCGUGGCAGCCGACGGGAGGAUCGAACCCGGGGACAUGCUGCUGCAGGUAAACGAUGUGAACUUUGAGAACAUGAGCAAUGACGACGCGGUGAGGAUCCUGAGAGAGAUCGUCUGCCAGCCCGGUCCGAUCAGUCUGACUGUGGCCAAGUGUUGGGACCCGUCCCCCCGGAGCUACUUCACCGUCCCCUGCGCGGAACCGGUUCGGCCCAUUGACCCAGCUGACUGGAUCUCCGACACCACGGCUCUGACUGGACCCUUCCCUCACUACGAGUUCGAUGACCUGCCCCUCAGCGUCAACAAGAGCGACAUGGCAACCAUCGUCAAGGUGAUGCAGCUCCCAGACUCCGGCCUGGAGAUACGAGACAGGAUGUGGCUGAAAAUCAGCAUCAGAAACGCGGUGAUCGGUGCUGACGUGGUGGACUGGCUCUUCUCGCGGGUGGACGGGUUCAGGGAGUAGGCGGGUAUGG